UGGGAGGAGGAUGAGGAGGAGGGACUCAACCGCGGCAACAACUGACGUGUCCCCGCCAUGGAGCUCGGCGUGAUUCAUCAGCGGCGACAGGCAGGCUGCGGGGUGCCGCGCACCGUCCCCGCAUAGGCACGGCCGCGGCGGGGACAGCUCCAGCGCCGCAUCGCGCUGCUCUUCCAUCUCCUCCAUCUCUGCCCGCACCUGUGCCCCCGCGGCGACGCGACGGGAAGGCAAGAUGGAAGAAAUCCUACGGAAGCUGCAGAAGGAGGCGUCGGGGAGCAAGCACAGGGCCAUCAAGGAGAGCUGCACAUGGGCCAUCGAAACCUUGGAUUCUCCUGAUGCUGCUAUCAAGAUACCUCCAUAUCAGCUAAGGGAGAAGUGUCUCCUUCCUCUCCAACUGGCUCUGGAAUCGAAGAGCAUGAAGUUGGCCCAGCAGGCUCUUGCGGGGAUGCAGAAGCUGCUGUCUGAUGAGAGGUUUGUAUCCGUGGAAACAGACUCUGAUGAGAAACAGUUGCUUAAUCAGAUGCUGAAUGCCGUCAAAGUGACUCCUUCGCUCAAUGAAGAUCUGCAGGUUGAAGUGAUGAAGGUCUUGCUCUGUAUAACAUAUACCUCCACGUUUGAGCUGAAUGGGAGCUCAGUGUUGAAGAUUGCUGAGUUGUGUUUUGCAUGCUAUAGAGCUGGAAGUCCCCGAGUGCAUGAAAUGAUCAAAAUGUCCAUUGCAUACCUCCUUGGGGCCCUGAGCUCUCGAAUUUUUACUGGCACUCCUUCAUCAGUGGCUUUUCAAAAGGUUUGCAUUGAGACAUAUGUAUCUAGCUGUCACCAGCGGAGCAUUAACACCGCUGUGCGGGCAACCCUCAGCCAAAUGUUGAGUGACUUGACUUUACAGUUACGACAAAAGCAAGAAAAUAUGACAAUUGAAAAUAAUGAGGUCCUGCAGAAAUUCAAGAGUCAAGGUACUUCAGCUGAGUCUCUUUGUGAUGAUGUUGUAUCUGUCCUCACUGUGCUCUGUGAGAAGCUCCAGUCUGUCAUAAAUGACAAUCGGCAACUUCAGCUUCUUUAUUUGGAGUGCAUCCUCUCCAUGUUAAACAGCUCCUCUCCAAGCAUGCACCAGCACAGAGGAUUCACUGAUCUAAUAUGGAAGCAACUGUGUCCAGCCCUAGUAGUAAUCCUGGGAAAUCCAAUCCAUGACAAAACUAUCACCUCUGCACACAGCAGUGUCGGUCUAGAAGCUGAUUCACCUUCCUCAGGGGUCUCUGAUCAUGGCCGGGGUUCAGGCUGUUCAUCCACAGCACCUGCCCUUAGCGGGCCUGUUGCACGAACCAUAUACUAUAUUGCUGCAGAACUGGUUCGCCUGGUGGGGACAGUGGAAUCAAUGAAGCCUGUGCUGCAGUCUCUCUAUCACCGGAUAUUGCUUUACCCACCACCUCAACACCGAGUUGAAGCCAUCAAAAUUAUGAAAGAGAUACUUGGCAGUCCUCGGAGGCUUUGUGAUUUGGCAGGGCCCUGCUCUUCUGAGUCAGAAUCUAGGAAGAGGUCUAUUUCUAAAAGGAAGUCCCAUCUGGAUCUUCUCAAGCUUAUCAUGGAUGGGAUGACAGAAGCUUGCAUCAAGGGUGGUAUUGAAGCAUGUUUUGCUUCAGUGUCCUGCGUAUUCGCCCUGCUUGGAGCACUGGAAGAGCUAAGCCAUGGCAGGGGUCUUAGUGAGGAACAGGUCCAUCUGCUCCUCCGGCGCCUGGAAGAAUUGAAGGAUGGGACUGAGACAAGCAGGGACUCCAUGGAGAUCAAUGAUGCUGACUUCAGGUGGCAGAGGCGCAUUCUAUCCUCAGAAAAUCCUGCCUGGGAAUCAGGAAAUGAGAAAAGUCCUGAUAUUAGCAUUAGUGUUACAACAGACACUGGUCAGACCACUUUGGAAGGAGAUAUGGGGCAGACAACUCCAGAGGAUAAUCUGGAAAGUCAAAAAAACUCACUGCCAUCUCCAGCUGGACACGAAAGCAAAGAGAUUCAUUAUAGAGAACCAGAGUCAGAGACCAUUGACCAGCCAGAUGUUGUUCAGAGAAGCCACACCAUAGUCUAUCCAGACAUAACUAACUUCUUAUCAGUUGAUUGCAAGACCCGGUCUUAUGGAUCCAGGUACAGUGAAAGUAACUUCAGUGUAGAUGACCAGGAUCUUUCUAGGACUGAGUUUGAUUCAUGUGACCAGUAUUCCAUGGCAGCAGAGAAGGACUCUGGCCGGUCAGAUGUUUCAGACAUAGGCUCUGACAAUUGCUCCUUGGCUGAUGAGGAGCAGACACCACGGGACUGUCCAGGUAGCAGGUCCUUACGUACUGCUGCUCUCUCUCUAAAGUUGCUGAAAAACCAGGAAGCAGACCAGCACAGCGCACAGCUCUUCAUCCAGUCACUUGAAGCUCUUCUUCCUCGGCUCAUAGCUCUCCCCAGCAUAGAGGAGGUGGAUGCGGCACUACAGAACUUCUCUUCAGCUUUUUGCUCAGUUAUUCACCUUAUCCACGCCCCCAAAGUGACGUCAGUGGAAAGUCCGAGAAGGCAGCAGCACAGAACUUUCAAACCCUCACGAGGUAUGAUGCACUCACCAGGAUUUGAAGGAAACCCAAAUUUCAGCUUCCAAACUCUGAUGAAUGCAGACAGUCUCUACAUGGUCUCUCAUUAUACUCUGCUGCUAAACCUAAAAUUGGCCAACUCAGAUUACUACAGGAAGAAGCCUCCCCAAGCCCCUGUGUUGCUGAAAGAGUUCAUGAAGCAGGUCCAGUCCAGUGGAGUGCUGAUGAUAUUUUCCCAAGCCUGGGUUGAAGAACUUUACCACCAGGUACUGGAAAGGAACAUGCUAGGGGAAGCUGGAUACUGGGGAAGCCCUGAAGAACACAGCCUUCCACUUAUCACCAUGCUAACUGACAUCGACGGCUUGGGAAGCAGUACAGUUGGUGGCCAGCUGAUGGCAUCUGCUUCAGCUCAAUCUCCUCUUUCUCAGAAUCAGAAGACAGAUGAUUGUGUUGUUGCAGGAGUUGCUUUUGCCCGAUACCUCUUAAUUGGCUGUUGGAAGAACCUGAUUGACACUUUGUCCACACCGCUGACUGGUCGCAUGGCAGGCAGCUCCAAGGGGCUGGCAUUCAUCUUGGGAGCAGAAGGAGCCAAAGAGCAGAACCAAAAGGAGAAGGACUCCAUAUGUGUAAGCCUGGAUGGACUGAGGAGGGCAGCCCGCCUGAGCUGUGCCCUAGGAGUUGCUGCUAACUGCGCAUCUGCUCUUGCCCAAAUGGCUGCUGCUUCCUGUGUCCAAGAAGAGAAAGAGGAAAAAGAAAUCCAAGAGCCCAGUGACACUAUAGCUCAAGUGAAACAGAAGGUGGAGCAGAAACUGGAGCAGAUGGGGAAAGUGCAGGGAGUCUGCCUACACACUGCUCAUGUUUUGUGUAUGGACGCAGUCCUGAAUGUGGGUCUGGAGAUGGGAAGCCACAAUCAAGACUGCUGGCCUCAUGUGUUCAGGGUGUGUGAGUACAUCAGCACUCUGGAGCACACCCACUUCAGUGACGGAACCUCCCAGCCCUGCCUUACCAUCACCCAGUCACAGCAGGCACCUGGAGGUCCACACUCAGACACUGAGCUGGGAGAGGCUCCUCAGGAACAGACCCCUGAGCAGGAGACCACCCUCAGCAGCAAUCCUGUCAUUCAGCCAGUAUCCAUCCAGGAACUUGUCAAGGAGAGCAGUAAGGGCAGAGCUUUUGAUUUCCGUGGAGGCAGCCUGCUGUGUGGGACCAGUGCUGCCAAGGCUGUUCUCACACUCUCCACACAAGCUGACAGGCUCUUUGAAGAUGCUGCUGAUAAGUUAAAUUUGAUGGCACUGGCAGGCUUCCUUUACCAGCUCAAGAAGGCUUCUCAGGCUCAACUUUUCCAUUCUGUCACAGAUACAGUUGAUUACUCCUUAGCAAUGCCAGGAGAAGUAAAAUCCACCCAGGACAGGAGAAGUGCGCUUCACUUGUUCCGACUUGGUGAUGCCAUGCUCAGAAUUGUGAGGAGUAAAUCCCGCCCGCUGCUCCACCUUAUGCGCUGCUGGAGCCUGGUGGCACCUCACCUGGUGGAGGCUGCCUGUCACAAGGAGAGACACGUAUCUCGGAAAGCUGUCUCCUUCAUCCAUGACAUCCUUACCGAAGUGCUGGCGGACUGGAAUGAGCCUUCUCAUUUUCACUUUAAUGAGUCACUUUUCCGCCCCUUUGAGCGUAUCAUGCAGCUGGAGCUAUGUGAUGAGGAUGUGCAAGACCAGGUGGUCACCUCCAUAGGAGAGCUGGUGGAAAUGUGUUCUACCCAGAUCCAGUCAGGAUGGAGACCCCUGUUCAGUGCCCUGGAAACAGUUCACAGUGGCAAUAAGUCAGAGGUUAAAGAGUACCUUGUAGGAGAAUACUCUAUGGGGAAACGCCAGGCCCCAGUGUUUGAUGUCUUUGAAGCAUUUCUAAACACAGACAGCAUCCAGGUCUUUGCCAAUGCCGCCACCAGUUAUAUUAUGUGCCUUAUGAAGUUUGUGAAAGGACUGGGGGAAGUAGAUUGUAAGGAGAUGGGUGACUGUGUGCCAGGAUCAGGAUCAGCAUCUACAGACUUGUGCCUUCCCGCGCUUGAUUACCUCAGGAGAUGUUCUCAGUUGUUAGCCAAAAUCUACAAAAUGCCCUUGAAACCUAUUUUCCUCAGUGGCCGGCUGGUUAAUAUACCCCGGAGAGUGCAGGAGCAGUCAGCCAGCAGUGAGGAUGGGAUUGAGUGCAUCCUUUCUGACUUUGAUGACGACACCGGCCUUAUCAAUGUCUGGAUUAUUCUGCUGGAAGAAUUAACAACUGCCAUAUCCAACUGUCCCCGACAGCACCAACCUCCAACUCUAGAUCUGCUCUUUGAAUUGCUGCGGGAUGUUGCCAAGACACCUGGCCCAGGAUUUGGCAUUUAUGCAGUUGUACAUCUUCUGCUUCCUACGAUGUCCCUUUGGCUCCAUCGCAGCCAUGGUGACCAUUCCUAUUGGGACGUGGCAUCUGCUAAUUUCAAGCAUGCCAUUGGCCUUUCUUGUGAACUUGUAGUGGAGCACAUUCAAAACUUCAUACAUUCAGAUAUCGGUUAUGAAAAUAUGAUCAAUACUAUGCUAAAAGAUCUUUUCAAGUUGCUGGUCGCCUGUGUAGCAGAACCAACAGAAAUUAUUUCCAGAGUUGGCUGCUCUUGUAUCAGGUAUGUAUUAGUGACAGCAGGACCUGUUUUUACUGAAGAGAUGUGGAGGCUCGCAUGUUGUGCCUUGCAGGAUGCAUUCUCUGCCACUCUGGAGCCAGUAAAGAACCUAUUGGGCUAUUUCCACAGUGGUUCUGAAAGCUUUAGUGGAGACGCCUGUGAAGUGAAGGUGGCAGCCCCCUCCCUCUCGCCGAGUGCUGAGGCUGAAUAUUGGAGAAUCAGAGCAAUGGCACAACAGGUCUUCAUGCUGGAGACUCAGUGCUCCCCAAAGACCCCUAGCAACAAGGAAGGGUUCGAACAUGCCCAGUCAUGUGUGCUCGUCAUUGACCUGCCACCAGAUAAGAAACCAAAUGGGCAUACCCAGAGAAGGAAGCUGGGUAUUCCUUUCAGGACAAUAGUGGUGAGCUUGCUGUCACACCAAGUACUGCUCCAGAAUUUAUAUGACAUCUUACUGGAAGAAUUUGUCAAAGGCCCUUCUAACUUAGAGGAGAAAAUGACAAUACAAGUACCAGAAAACAAGUUGGCUGGUUUUCUCAGGUACAUCUCCAUGCAAAACUUGGCUGUCAUCUUUGACUUACUGCUGGACUCCUAUAGAACAGCCAGAGAGUUUGACACCAGGCCUGGGUUGAAGUGCUUACUAAAAAAAGUGUCUGGCAUUAGUGGAGCUGCCAACUUGUAUCGCCAGUCAGCAAUGAGUUUCAAUAUUUACUUCCAUGCUUUGAUUUGUGCUAUCCUGACAAACCAGGAGAACAUCACUGCAGAGCAAGUGAAGAGGAUCCUCUUUGAGGACGAUGAGAGAAGCACUGACUCAUCACAGCAGUGCUCUUCAGAAGACGAAGACAUUUUUGAAGAAACUGCCCAGGUCAGUCCCCCUCGGGGAAAAGAGAAGAGACAGUGGAGGGCUCGAAUACCAUCUCUGAGUGUACAGCCUGUCAGCAAUGCAGACUGGGGAUGGCUGAUCAAGCGGCUUCAUAAGCUCUGCAUGGAACUGUGCAAUAACUAUAUCCAGAUGCACCUAGACCUGGAGAAUAACAUAGAGGAGCCUCCAGCAUUCAAAGGAGACCCAUUCUUCAUUUUACCAUCCUUUCAUUCAGAAACCUCCACCCCAUCAACUGGAGGGCAGUCUGGGAAGGACACUCCAUCAGAAGAUGACCGGAGUCAAACAAGGGACCAACUGGGAGACAGCCUAACACCACGAAGUGGAGAAAUGCUGCUACUGCCCCCACUCUCAAGUCCUAAACCAGAGAAAAAAGAACAAACCAGGAAAAAAGAAUGGUGGGAGAGCGCUGGCAAUAAGAUCUACACCAUAGCCGCUGACAAAACCAUCUCUAAAUUCAUGACCGAAUACAAAAAAAGAAAGCAGCAGCAGUCUGUGACAUCCUUCACCAAAGAGAUAAAAGUGGAAAAGAAAGGGGAGCUUCUGGGCUCCAGAGGGCAGGACUCACCCAUACUCCAGAGGCCACAACAUCUUAUAGACCAAGGUCAAAUGAGGCAUUCAUUCAGUGCUGGCCCAGAGAUCCUGAGACAAGAGAAGAGACCACGCUCAGGAUCCACAGUCAGCUCCUUGAAUAUAUCUGUUAGAGAUGCAGAAGCCCAGAUACAGGCAUGGACCAACAUGGUGCUGACAGUUCUCAACCAGAUUCAGGCCCUGCCAGACCAAACUUUCACAGCCCUCCAGCCAGCAGUGUUCCCAUGUAUCAGCCAGCUGACUUGCCAUGUGACUGAUAUCCGUGUCCGUCAGGCAGUACGGGAAUGGCUGGGAAGAGUGGGCCGUGUGUAUGAUAUCAUCAUUUAAACUAGCUGUGCUCUGUUGCAAAGGGGAAAAGACAAACAAGAUAUAUAACAAAGAGGUAUUUGGGGUUCAUUAACUGCCUAUUUGUUGGUGAUAAAUUAAGAAACAAUGAGCUUGUUGAUGUAUUUCCCCUAUCCACUUGAGACUGUGUGUUUCUCACUCAUACUAGCAGAGGAGGUGAAGCAUGAAUGUGUCCGGGGGGGUCUGGAAUGACCCCAGAAUCUGCCAGUAAAUCAGGCUGGUAACUGAAGUCAAAAUACAUUUCAGUAAACUUCAUUUUAAUUCAAAUUCACAACAGUGGGAGCCACAUCAAACUCUAGGUGAACAUCCACACUUCUAAAUUGCUAUGAAUGGAACCAUCAAGCCAAGCAAGCAAGACCUAAAAAUAACUAAAAAGGUGACACUUGUUCAGAGUAACUUUUUCCAUUCAAAAAUUAGCAUGAGAGGAAUAACCAAAUAAAGAUUACUACAAUCCUACAUGCCUUGCUAAGCAAAGAAAGUUGAAAUUUAUUUUGCUCUGAGAAGAGCCUUUGAAAUUUGGUCAUAUUCAGGGAACUAGUGAGUGAUUACUGAAGUAUCCUAGGUCUUGAUCUGGUGAACCAAGCUCAGGCUGUUCCUUUUUUCAUUACCCUUGUGGAAUAAUGCUUGGAGGGGGGAAAACAAAAAGGCACUGUCAACCUGCCUUCUCUACAGCACCACCCUUGCUACUUCAGCUAUGACCACAGACGAUCAUUUUUCCACAUGUAUAAUUUAUUUCCCCAAAAGGCUACAGGGAAGUUUGUUUUGCUGUUUCUUCUGAAGCUAGAGGGGAAAACACACCACAGAGCAAAGCUACAGCCAGCCUACAUGCCAGUAUCCAGCACUCACAACAAAGUGAAGUGUUCCUCUAGUUCAAACUACAGUUCAAACACUACAGUUAAGCUGACUUUAGCAUCCACUAGAACUACUGUAGCCAGGACACUAAACUUAGCUUAUCACUCUACACUGAAAUUAAUCAAGAUGGAAAAUAGUCUGAAAAGAACGUAACUGACUUUUCUUUUUCUUUCCCCUUUCUCAACUGCUGCAGUAAACAGGGAGGGAACAGAGCCUUGUACAGAUACAUUUUCCCUCUGUGCAGUACUUCUAUAUAACGACUACUACAAUCUGCCAAUAUUAUUAACAGGGGGAGAAGUGGAAGGAUUGACUACUGUAUUGUCAAAUACAUAUGUAAUGAUGUUCACACUGGACCCAGCGAAGGGUUACUUUGCUUAACAAAUUAUGUCACAGCCCCUGGGCCCUGUACUCAUAUACUACAUCAUUUGUUGAUGUUUAAAUAAUUCAUCAGAACUAAUUUAAUCUGGGGUGAUUCCUUAAUGAUGUUCUCCCAAGACUUUGAAAAUGUGCAUACCAACUAAAUAUACAGCUUCGGUCCAUGCAUCUUCAAAAAAUGUCAUCUUUUUAUAUCAGUCCUGGACUUUGCACAACUAACUGUUUUUAAGAUCUUGAACCUAAAAAAAUAGAGGGUCAAAAAAAGACGUGCUGAAUAGCCAUCACCCUACCUGAUAUGUUUAUGUUUACUAAGAGUCUGCCACUGUCAUCCUGCCUUUGCCCUCCAUCAUCCACUCCCCAUUUGCCAACUGCUAGAUUUUUGUGUGGGGAAUACUUUGUCCUGUACUAUUCUGCACUGUCAGUCACACUGUUUCUCUUACUGUCAGAACUUCACUUGCAGAAUUAUUCCAGGAACGCCAAAAAUUCCAUAAAAACAACUCGUUCUUACCACAGGCACUGACUUCAUAAAAAAGUAACUUGAUAAUAUUAUCAAUGGUCAGUUUUCCCAACAGAUGGAGUACUUCCUUGUGGGCAGGUGAGAUUAUAUACCAAGUUCUUAGCAAUUUCUGUUGCCAUAGCUUUCUUAAACAUCUUUAGGUUGGGUAAAAAAGUGGUUGGUUAUAUUUUGUUAAUCUUUUUGUUUGGCAUCUAUAUGGAACUGCUUUUAAAGCAGGACAUUAAUUAGGCAGCAGCCAGAAUCAGAGUGAACACCUGUAUGCAAGGAUAGUCAAACUAUUUUCAUUAUACAGUCAUUUCAGGGAUUGAGAUCUUCACUGUGCUUACCUAAAACUGAAGCAAAUCCUUGAUUUAUGUUGGAGAAGUAAAACUGAUAGCAGUACCAUGGGAGCCACUCAGGAUUCCAGAAAGGGGGACUGUUAUCUAGGAAACACCGUGGCUACAUGUUACCAGUAAAUUAGAAAGAGAAGCUCUAGGGAUGAAAAUGCCUGCCCCCAGCCAAGCACCUGAACACAGCUCAGCCCAGUGUUACCCGCUUAGCUAGCUGCUCAACCAAAGCACUGCUAUAUUGCAAUGCAUUUUAAACUUCUCCUUCCAAAUUAUGCACUAAGUGCCCAUUGUCACCCUCAGUGCCUCUCCUUGUCCAUACCCCUCCCUUAGGAAACCAUAUGAGGACAUAAGUAACUGCAUCAUUCCAGAAAUAUCAUGUAAAAGGAUGGGAGGAGUACAAAGGACUCUUAGUAGCAGUAGGCUUUAGGUGAGCGGUGUUUCAGGAGCUAUUAAUCUGAGAGCAAGACAUGGAGUUGGUUCAUCAAGUUAUUUUUUGCUAAUUUAGCCAUAGACAUUAGCAAGCCCCAAAAUAGUAAAACGCUGAGUGUGAAGACACCAUUUGAUAGGCCCAUGUGCUCUGUCCCAUUCAUACUUUGGACUGCUUGGCCUAAAGCUGCUGGCACAGGGUUUGCAGGCCUCACAGUGCAAGCUUCCUACCCAGAGAAGGAACUUGCACAGAAUGGUCCCAGGGCAGAGUAUUGGCACUAGACCCUAGCUCUGACCACCCCAAACACAUCCAGCAGCGCAAAGGAGCCCUCCAUGCACCUUUCUCCCAUAACACAUUCAGAUUCUUACUUAUAGCCCUGUAGCCCACAGUGCAAGGUAACAGCAGCAUAGAACCAACUACUGUUGAAUCAGAACAUUUAUCUCCUGGUUAAUGUUCUUUCAUCCGGAUGUUAAGAUUUAAUUCUCUCCUAGGAUAGACACUUACUUGACAAUAAAUGACUUCAUUCAACAUCCAGAAAAAAUUAUCGGGGAAAGAGUUACAUAGACCUGGGCAGAACUUCUCUUGUAAAACACCAAAUACAGGACAUUUUGUCUCAUCACAGAUAAAACAGUACACUUCUUCCGGAGUAAAGCUCGGUUUCUGUUGAGGACAGACAGUUUUCACCUGUGGUUUGAUCCAGCAAGGUACUUUUCCUUUGAGCUUCAAGUUCUGCUUAAUUUUACUGUAAAAUUCACUGAUGAGUCCUCAUUUGUCCAAGAGGUAAUUCCCCACCUCGAGGUAUCCCACGUUACCAUAUAUAAUCUCAAUUUGCUCUGAAUGUUGUAUCUCAGUGCAGGACCAGUAUGAAACCUGAGCAUCAAACAGAGUAACAAGUAGAGCGGUCCAGCUGCACGUGCUGUCUGCAUUUGCUAUCUCCUGCUACUGCUUAGGCCCACCUCUCAGACUGCCUAAGCUAUAGUUCUUAGUGGGAAUAUUGAUUCUCUGGACUCAGUUCUUGAAUCCUUCAAGUCCUGCAUACAAUUCAACAAGUUCUCAGGAAGGGGAAAGUCCUGUAUAGUUUCUGCUAUUGCUUUCUUUGCUGUGGUCCUUUAUACACCUCAUUCCUAAAAAUCCACAAGAGCCAGCACACAUUCCAGUGCACCACAGUACACCCAGGCUAGAACUAGAACCUUCACUCUCACACAGAUCCAGUUUUAAUGUGCAAGAAGUCAACCACAGCAAACCUUUAUUUCUAACCACCAGCUCUUGUGUACAACUUUGUAGCUGGAAACUGAGCAUGCAUCAUUUAAGUAUUUUCGCUUUUAGCAGUUCUAGAAAUGCUAUUACUCAGUGAUAAACUGAUUUUAAUUCAACAAAUUCAACAAAACCAACUCCUUCUUUCCCGUGUCUUAUUUCUGUAGGAGUAUUAUAAGAUUAUGCCUAAGCAAGCAAUUUGAACAAUACUCUGGUUAUAAUCACUUCUGAGUAGAUCUGUUCAUAGUGGUAAGCAUGGCACGUGAAAUUAGACAGAGAUUGUCGAUUGCUUUUUCCUCAAUUUCUGAUAAUUCCACAGUUCUUUGAAGAAAUGAUACAAUACCAUCCAUUUAAAAAAUAUACAUGUACCUUCUCCUUCAGUAAAAAAGGACCAACUUACCACAGCACAGAAGCACAAGUGUUGGAUUUUAUGCAAUGUAGAUAACAUCUGGCAGCUAUUGACCCCUCUUCUCUGAGCCUCCCCAUUUUGAGCAGAGCUUCUAUAGGGAUACAACAUAAGGGUCUAUCAGCAGCCCUCACCAGCGACAUGCCUGGUUCUCCAGGAAGUAAUAUAAGUUGCAUGGAAGAAAUCUCACCUCCUCUUUGUGUUGUUUCCCCUACUGCCCCUUUAUAUGUGAUACCAACUACAGUUUCAUUUCAUACUAAACAGUUUUGGACAAGCAUGACAGGCUGGCUAUUUAAAAAGAAAAUAACAAAGCACCUAGUGUAAGUAUGCACAAUUCUUUUCACUUAAUGCUGAGAGGUCCAAGUUAAGUUAAGAACCAAAAGCAGAGGGAAGGAGAACUGCCCUAAUUUUGACUGUGAAUAUCAGUGGAGCUACACUGCAUGAUCCUGGAUUAACACAAUAAUGAGCUUGCCUGUGGGACCAGAUCCCUCAAAUCCUCUUUAGUUUUGGCAAAUUCACAAGCAAAGGUUUGCUUCCUCUCCCCCUGCCACAUCAGUUCAGGGAACUGGGGCUAUGGAAGGCAUUUUUUGUUAAGAAAAAGUGGCAAGAGGAUCUAUUUCAGUUCUUGCAACUCAACAUCCCACUUACCAAAAGGUAGUUACGUACUCCCAUCCAUGGAGCAAUAAGGCCUUAUUUCCUUUUCACACCUUGGCUUAGCAUAGUCUGCAGGGAAAUACUGUGCUUCCCCAGAAAGCAAAGGGAAGCAGGAGAGCUUCAAGGACAAAUAAAUACAACCUCCCCAGUCAGGCCAUGGCUCCUAAGCACCCAGCUCAGUGGAAGAAAGCACGAUUUGAUACCAAAGGGAGAGCAGCCAGGUAGGGCCAAGCUAUGUCUUAGCAGAGCCCUGCACUGCACACUAUUUCAAGGAGCAGAUGGGAGCAAGCGGUGUGAAAGUACAAAGUGACUGCAGGGAGCACCGUCUUUUAGUUCCCCUCACCUUCCCUUUCCCCACAUCCAUUUUUGUCAUUAUUUAUGACACCCCAAACUUCCAUGGGCCCUCAGACCAGAGCUGAAAACUGAUAGAAAGCCAAAGGGAGUAGACACUCCAUUUUGCCAAAGAAAUGAUUAUUCCUAUUCCAAAAUAAAAAAGCAAAUUCUAUCUCCAUGAUAAUGACUACCAUAGAAAGCAUUUUACUACAAAGCAUUAUUCCCAGGAUUUCAUCUCUAUAGCUGUAUAUUCAGGAGGAGCCACUAAUGUUUUUAAGAGAGACUGUAAACGUCUAGAGUUCUUACACUGGAUUUACCUUCUACAGAGUUCAUACCUAGCUGCAGUUCCCCAGUUUCAUUCAUGUUUCCUCCCUCUACCUUUCUCCUAUUCUUUAGUAAAACCCCUUCCUAUAUCUGCUGCGUUCUGUUGUGCUGCUUCGUUUGGUUCUUCAGUGUCCAUUGGUCGGGAAGUCACUGUAAGCUGGCUUGCAAAUUGUAUUUUGUGUAUAUUUUGUUCAGACUGAAUUCUGAAAUGGAAAUAUUUUAAAACAAAACAAAAAAAUUAUAAACUAUUUAUGUUGCUUGUGUUGUAGAAUAAAGAAGCAAAUGCAAAAUAA